AAGCCUUAUGAGUGUUGUGAAUGUGGGAAAGCUUUUACCCGCAAUAAUUCCCUUCUUAUCCACAAGAGAGUUCACACUGGAGAAAAAUCUUAUGAAUGUGGUGAAUGUGGGAAGUCUUUUAGGGAUAAUAGUCAGCUCCUUAUCCAUAUGAGAAGUCACACUGGAGAGAAGCCCUAUGUGUGCAGCGAAUGUGGGAAAGCAUUUAACCGCAAUUAUUCUCUUCUAAUCCACAAGAGAGUUCACACUGGAGAAAAACCUUAUGAAUGUGGUGAAUGUGGGAAGUCUUUUAGGGAUAAUAAGCAGCUCCUUAUCCACAACAGAGUUCACACUGGAGAAAAACCUUAUGAGUGUGGUGAAUGUGGGAAGUCUUUUAGGGAUAAUAAGCAGCUCCUUAUCCACAACAGAGUUCACACUGGAGAAAAACCUUAUGAGUGUGGUGAAUGUGGGAAGUCUUUUAGGGAUAAUAAGCAGCUCCUUAUCCACAAGAGAAUUCACACUGGAGAAAAACCUUAUGAAUGUAGUGAAUGUGGGAAGUAUUUUAGGAGAAAUAGUCACCUCCUUAUCCACAAGAGAGUUCACAAUGGAGAAAAACCUUAUGAAUGUGGUGAAUGUGGAAAGUCCUUUAGGCAAAAUAAUCACCUACUUAUCCACAAGAGAGUUCACACUGGAGAAAAACCUUAUGAAUGUGGUGAUUGUGGGAAGUCUUUUAGGCAAAAUAGUCAGCUCCUUAUACACAAAAGAGUUCACACUGUAGAAAAACUUUAUGAAUGUGGUGAAUGUGGGAAGUCUUUUAGGGAUAAUAAGCUGCUCCUUAUCCACAAGCAUGUUCACACUGGGGAAAAACCUUAUGAAUGUAGUGAAUGUGGGAAGUCUUUUAGGCAAAAUAGUCACCUCCUUAUCCACAACAGAGUUCACACUGGAGAAAAACCUUAUGAAUGUGGUGAAUGUGGCAAAUCUUUUAGGGAUAAUAAGCAGCUCCUUAUCCACAACAGAGUUCACACUGGAGGAAAACCUUAUGAAUGUGGUGAAUGUGGGAAGUCUUUUAGGGAUAAUAAGCAGCUCCUUAUCCACAACAGAGUUCACACUGGAGAAAAACCUUAUGAGUGUGGUGAAUGUGGGAAGUCUUUUAGGGAUAAUAAGCAGCUCCUUGUCCACAACAGAGUUCACACUGGAGAAAAACCUUAUGAGUGUGGUGAAUGUGGGAAGUCUUUUAGGGAUAAUAAGCAGCUCCUUAUCCACAACAGAGUUCACACUGGAGAAAAACCUUAUGAGUGUGGUGAAUGUGGGAAGUCUUUUAGGGAUAAUAAGCAGCUCCUUAUCCACAAGAGAAUUCACACUGGAGAAAAACCUUAUGAAUGUAGUGAAUGUGGGAAGUAUUUUAGGAGAAAUAGUCACCUCCUUAUCCACAAGAGAGUUCACAAUGGAGAAAAACCUUAUGAAUGUGGUGAAUGUGGAAAGUCCUUUAGGCAAAAUGAUCACCUACUUAUCCACAAGAGAAACAGAUUUCACACUGGAGAAAAACCUUAUGAGUGUGGUGAAUGUGGGAAGUCUUUUAGGGAUAAUAAGCAGCUCCUUAUCCACAACAGAGUUCACACUGGAGGAAAACCUUAUGAAUGUGGUGAAUGUGGGAAGUCUUUUAGGGAUAAUAAGCAGCUCCUUAUCCACAACAGAUUUCACACUGGAGAAAAACCUUAUGAGUGUGGUGAAUGUGGGAAGUCUUUUAGGGAUAAUAAGCAGCUCCUUGUCCACAACAGAGUUCACACUGGAGAAAAACCUUAUGAGUGUGGUGAAUGUGGGAAGUCUUUUAGGGAUAAUAAGCAGCUCCUUAUACACAACAGAGUUCACACUGGAAAAAAACCUUAUGAAUGUGGUGAAUGUGGGAAGCCUUUUAGGCAAAAUAGUGUUUUUGAGGUUCUUGGAUGCCAGUCCAAUUUAAGGGCCCUUUCCAAUUACAUUGUCAAAAGACAGACUUGUCAGCAGUACAGCCACUUGGCUUGUGAUAUUUACCUGGAUUCUGACAUAAAGAAGGAAAAUAAAAUAAUGCAGCAAACACUUAAUUGGAAGCUUGGCAAAUUUUCUCCAAGUGAGUUCUCUCCAAUGAAAGACCUAGAUAGCCACCAGCAACUCCAAGGUGGAGCAACUCUGGUGGAAAAGAAUCUUUCCCAAAAGUUUCAUCCAAAGUCCCAGACCUGA